AUGUUUGGAUCCAGAGUUGCGGACAGCGUCCUUGGACCUGCUCACUUCAGUGGCGAGAGGCAAUGGAUGUGGCCACCUCCGGCCUCGAAAGAACUUAGUCCACCAACAAACAAGGCAUCAUUCGGUCGUCUCAUCUGGCGCCGAUCGUCACUGGAACGCAUCAUCUCCAACAGAGAGUUGCGGACAGCGUCUUUGGACCUGCUCACUUCAGUGGCGAGAGGCAAUGGAUGUGGCCACCUUCUCCGGCCUCAAAAGAACUUAGUCCAUCAACAAACAAGGCAUCAUUCGGUCGUCUCAUCUGGCACCGAUCGUCACUGGAACGCAUCAUCUCCAACAGAGAGUUGCGGACAGCGUCUUUGGACCUGCUCACUUCAGUGGCGAGAGGCAAUGGAUGUGGCCACCUCCGGCCUCGAAAGAAGUCCAUCAACAAACAAGGCAUCAUUCGGUCGUCUCAUCUGGCACCGAUCGUCACUGGAACGCAUCAUCUCCAACAGAGAGUUGCGGACAGCGUCUUUGGACCUGCUCACUUCAGUGGCGAGAGGCAAUGGAUGUGGCCACCUUCUCCGGCCUCGAAAGAACUUAAGAGUUGCGGACAGCGUCCUUGGACCUGCUCACUUCAGUGGCGAGAGGCAAUGGAUGUGGCCACCUCCGGCCUCGAAAGAACUUAGUCCACCAACAAACAAGGCAUCAUUCGGUCGUCUCAUCUGGCGCCGAUCGUCACUGGAACGCAUCAUCUCCAACAGAGAGUUGCGGACAGCGUCUUUGGACCUGCUCACUUCAGUGGUGAGAGUGGCGAGAGGCAAUGGAUGUGGCCACCUCCGGCCUCGAAAGAAGUCCAUCAACAAACAAGGCAUCAUUCGGUCGUCUCAUCUGGCACCGAUCGUCACUGGAACGCAUCAUCUCCAACAGAGAGUUGCGGACAGCGUCUUUGGACCUGCUCACUUCAGUGGUGAGGGGCAAUGGAUGUGGCCACCUUCUCUGGCCUCGAAAGAACUUAGUCCAUCAACAAACAAGGCACCAUUCGGUCGUCAUCUGGCGCCGAUCGUCACUGGAACGCAUCAUCUCCAACAGAGAGUUGCAAUGGAUGUGGUCACCUUCUCCGGUCUCAAAAGAACUUAG